AGACUCUGAAAUAUCUCAUCAGCAUGUGAUAUGUUUUCCACGUUAUUUGUCUUUGAGAUGGUUGCUGUCUUCACGGUACGAACAUUAUGCUGCAGAGUUAAUGAGUACAGCACACGGGACGGGCAAUGCUGUCCAAUGUGUCAUGAAGGAACAGUUGUUCGAAGAGACUGCACACCACAGUCAGGCACACACUGCAUCCGCUGUGAGAAAGGGACUUUUAUGAACCAAGCCAGUGGUCUGAACAAGUGUUUUAUCUGCACUUCCUGUGAUCCAGCUCACGGUCUUUAUGCCCUGCAGAACUGCACAGAAGUAAACAAUACUGUUUGUGAAGUUAUAAAUGGGUAUUUCUGCAAAAGUUUGACAGAUACAGGAUGCAGUUUGGCAGAGAAACACACGAACUGUGAACCUGGUCAGGGGAUAAAAGAACCUGGAACCAGCAGAAAUGAUACAGUGUGUGAAGACUGUCAGCCGGGUUAUUUUUCACCAGAUGGCCUGAACUGCACAGCUUGGACAAUCUGCUCAGAAACUGAAGUAAAGGUGAAAGAAGGAAGCCAGACGAAUGACAUCGUCUGCGGUGCACCAGGUGCAUCAAGUGCAUCAAGACAUCAUUACUGCUUGUUAAGUCUACCUUUUUUAUUGUUAUUGUCACUGGUCUGCCUUAUGAGUAAACAUAAGUGCGUGCCUUGCAAUUCUGCCUAAUUUGUCUGAUGUUCUCCAGUGUUGUCCUCCUUGGCUUGACUAAAAGUUACUAAUUAUUGUAACCGAAAAACCCACGAACACGGCUCAGAACUAACUGGUGAACAACACUGGGAAUCUAUACACCUCUCACCUUUCCUGCCAUAAACUAAAGUCAGGACUGAUACCAGCACACAGAUCCUCUUUUUGAAUAAACAACAGACACAUUUAAAAUUGCACGCUAGUUAGAGGGGGGUUAGGGGGUUGGACCGAAGAUGGAUAACAGUGAGAGAAACCAGACCCCCCAUGCAUCUAGCCUAGUACCCUGGCCUCCUUGUUCCCACACACACAACAUAAACACGUCAGUAUAUAGCCUCACAUACCUAGACCACAUAUUGUGUAUUUUUACUAUUUUUAAAGAUCGAAGAAGGAAACCAAAUGAAUGGUUGUCAUGUGGAAGUGCAUCUUUAUCUUCUUUAUUUCCACCAUUAAAAAAAAAGCAAAGAAUUUGUGUUAUGUU